GGGGGGGGGGGGGGGGGGUUAGGAGACAUCGAACCGUCCGCGUUCCCCUCAUUGUUCGUGCCUCCUUCCCCACUUCUCAAGCCGAUGAUGAACCCCGAGCUCCCCCUCUGACCCCCCCGCCUCCUCCCCACGUGAGUCUCGACGCGCCAACUUCAUAAAGAAGUGAUGGAACGGAAAUUCCGCAAGAUCUGGUCGAGUUGAUCUCGUCGGUUUGCUACGCUUCAGAGAAACACUACGGCAUUUGUUUCAGAACCAUGUCAAACCCAAAAGACUUGAAGAUUGCCAUCAUUGGCGCCGGUACCACACGCCCAUCUCUCUGUACUUUUACAGACUAACACGAUCCCACGCAGGCAUGGGUGGUUUGGGAUGUGCGCUGGCGCUAGCCAAGAAAGGCUUCAAACACAUCGACGUCUAUGAGACGGCCUCCAAUCUCGGUUUCGUUGGCGCGGGAAUUCAGAUGCCGCCAAACGUCGUCCGGGUCCUCGACCGCCUUGGCUGCUGGGCCGACAUCGAGAAGACGUGUACCGACGUUAAAGGUUCAAGCAUUAGACAGGGGGCAACAAACAUCGAACUUGCCCACGUAGACAUGCCUAACAUCCGCGACUUGUACGGCCACCCGCACUGCAACGAUCACCGGUCCUCGCUAGCCGGCGGCAUGUACAACGCCUGCAAGAAAGAGCCCGCGAUCACGUUCCACUUCGCGACGGCGCUCGCAUCCAUCGAUUCGUUCGCGCCCAAGCCCGUCUUCACGGCGCAGCCGCGCGGCGGCGAUGCCUACUCCGUUGAGCCUGACAUCCUCCUCGCAUGCGACGGCAUCAAGAGCAUUGUUCGCAGCUCCCUCCUCGACUCCGUCGGUGCCGUCGGCGGCGAGGAGGAAACCGGUCAAGCUGCCUACCGCAUUAUGCUCACUCGCGAGCAGAUGGCCGAUGAUCCGGAGCUUCUUGCCCUCCUCGACUCAGACAAGGUCGUCCGCUGGAUAGGCGAGAAGCGCCACAUCAUCGCCUACCCCGUCUCCUCGCACAACAUCUACAACCUCUCUACGACGCAGCCCGACUCCAACUUUGCCGCCACCACCAACGCGACCUACACCACAAAGGGCUCCAAGAAGGCCAUGCUCGACGUCUUCCACGACUUCUGCCCGUUGGUUCACCGUAUGCUCAACCUCGUCCCGGACGGCGAGGUCUGCGAGUGGCGCCUGCGCAUGCACAAACCCCUGCCGACCUGGGUGCACAUCGACGGACCCGUCGCCCUCCUCGGCGACGCCUGCCACCCGACCCUCCCGCACUUGAGCCAGGGCGCCGCCAUGGCCAUCGAGGACGGCUCCGUCGUCGCCGAGGUGCUCUCCCGCGCGCCCGACACUGACCCCAAGACCCUGCGGCGGUGCCUCAAGGCAUACGAGCUCUCGCGCCGUGACUGGACCGCCCAGCUCGUCAACAUGGCUUUUCUGUCGGGAAAGCAGCUGCACCUCGGCGAGGGCAAGGCCAAAGAGGAGCGCGACCGCAUGUUCGCCGAGCACAAGUCGGCCGGCUCUGUCCCGGACAAGUGGGCCUCGCCCGACGUGCAGCGGAUGAUUUACACUAAUGACUGCGUGGCCAACAUCCGGCGAGACUUUGACGAGCUGUACAACAGCGCAGCAUAGACGUAGAUAUUUUUGGAUUUCACAUGAAUAGCUAUCUGAUUGUAGCUACCUUGCACCCUGCCGUUCUAUGUUGGCUUAAUGUUUGUGCUCUGCCUGGCGGAAACCAUGGCGUUCGCCUAGGACGCAUUGUGUGUAGCCGGCCAAGCCACCUCGGUGAAGGGCGGUCCAGGCUUGUCCCCCGUACUCAAGCUCAGCUCAGUCCACCACGGGCGUGCUCAGUUCACGUUCACACAGUAAAGAAUG